CGACUCAGGGAAGACGCCUCCUCUUAGUUUUAUGGCAUCAUGACAACAUGUGGGAUGGAAAUGGGUAAAGUAUCUCUAUUCACAGGCCUGAGAGGAAAAAGGUGACAGCUCCUCUCCAAACACAACAGGAGGACUGAAAUCAGAAGUCAUUCAGAAGGAGUCACAGAGGUGUGACACACAAAUACAGCUGCACUUACAGCUGACAGAUUCAUACCAUUUAUGAUGUAGACAAAGGUAUUUGGCCCCAUUUCACCUGUUCUGUUGGAAGAUGGCCACUGCAGCAGAGGACCCCCACUUGGGAUCGGGCCCCGAUGACAAUGAAGUGUCUCCAUCAGAGAGGGAGUCCGAUUCAGACAGCAUCCUUUCUGAUGACUCUGUGUUUCCAGAAUACACGCCAGAGACAACAAACAGGAGGGCAGCAUCAGCAGUGUAUCAAGCUUGCGCCCGCAAUGAACCGGUCUCUCUGCAGAAAGUCCUGAAGAGGGGGGUCACAAAAGAAGAAGUGAUGGAGCUGGACAUGAAUGGCUGGAGUGGUUUGAUGGUGGCGUGUGGCAAAGGUUUCCUGGAAAUUGUACAUGGACUUCAUUACUGUCCCUAUAUAGACAUAAAUCACCAGGACAAUGAAGGCAACACAGCACUGAUGAUUGCAUCCCAAGCAGGUCAUAUCAUGACAGUGACAUAUCUCCUAAACUACUUUCCUGGAAUAGACACAGAAAAAAGGGAUUGUAGAGGUUUCACAGCCCUCAUCAAAGCUGCAAUGACUGGCCGCACUGACGUUGUGGCAGCCCUUGUUAUGGCUGGGGCUGACAUACAUGCAGUAGACUCCACAAGAGGAAGAUGUGCUCAGGAUUGGGCCCUUAAAACAGGUCGCUAUGAGACCUUGCAGCGUCUCCGCCGCCUCAACAUACGUCCAAGAGCUGAGCAGUUCUGUGAGCGUUAUGUCCCUGAAUGGCCUGAGCUCAAGGAGAGAGUAGCCAAGGCCAUAUCUCAGAAAAGUCCUAGGGAAAAAAUUACCCAGCAGAUCAAAGACACCUUUGGAUUCAGAUUACCUCGUGACCCCGAGGACAACGGGGUGUUGGACCACAUGGUGCGCAUGACCACCAGUGUCCAUAGUCCUCUGAUUUCAACUGCAUGCCACCCACUCUGCCCCACGAGCCCCCCAGAGAUUGGCAAAAGGCGGCUGGCUGUACCAGAGCUGGUCAUCAAACACACAAAAAAGGACCUUGAGGAAAACUCAGUGUCCCACAGCAAUGGCUCAGUGUCGCACAUUAUCCCCACAAUCCACUCUGCAACGACGUGCUGUGCCGACACCGAGCGCCGAGGCAGUAUUCUCUCAGUGACCUCCACCAAAGCUGCAACAACCUUUAUAUCCCGCACUAUGGUGAGACGGAACAGCGUGUUCCCUUCUGGCUGCAUCCCAAAGAUUAAUGUAGACAGGCCAACAGAAGCAACGCCAAAGAAAGAAAAGAAGAAGAAGAGGGAGAAGGGUUAUCUGGAACCACCCAAGUGGAAGUACAGGGAGAUCAAGGAUGAGAAGAAGAAGGAGAAGAAGAAGGCUGAAAAAGAAAUAGGAGAGAAGGAGAAAAAGAAGAAAGAAAAAAGCAGCAAGAAGGCCAAAAAAUAAGAUUUUUUGAAAAGGGGCUGUACAAACUAUCCUUUCUGAGAAAAUGUGUUUUUUAUGUGUUGAACUCAGGGUUUCAACUGUUCAAACCAAAGAGUAUUUAAGUAAAUACUUAACUUAAAUUUGAAAGGGAAUGAUAGAGGACCUGAAAUGAGAACUGUAAAGACUCUUCAGAGAAGGUUUGAAACAUCUUGAUACAAGUUUUUUUUAUUUUGAGUAUUUUGAGUUAAUAGCUGGAAUGGGCUCCACCACCCCGCUCCCCCUGACCCUGAAUUGGAUAAGCAAAAGAAAAUGGAUGGACAGAUGGAUGGAUUAAAAUAACAAGUCUAUUUUUCUAUUAGGGAGUAAAAAUCUUUAAAGAGC